UAAUGGCGGUUACUUCAAAGAGUUGUCGACCCAAACAAAGAUGACAUAAUGCACGAGAUAAACCCAUCUGACAGAAGCGUUGAUGACCACGAUGACGGUUUUGUGACAAAACCGUUAAAUAUGGAAUUGCCUCAUGAAGCGGAACGUAUCUUGAGCUGAGAUUAAGAAUAGCAUUGAUCGAACAGAGGGAGGGAAGCACAAGGCAGCGAGCGAGCAUAGAACCAAGAGUUCACCAUGUCCACAGAAGAUGAUUACAUUAAACUUGAGAAGUUGGGGGAGGGUGCCUUCGGGGAGGUGUUUAAGGGGAGGAAAAAAUACACAUCUGAGAUAUCAGCCAUGAAAUACAUGUCAAAGUUCCGCAAGACCAAGAAGGAGCUGGAUGGCCUGAGGAAUGAGAUCACCAUCAUGCAGGGACUCACACAUCCACACAUCAUCCAGCUCCUCGACAGCUUCGAGACUAAGGACGAUAUAGUUGUUGUGAUCGAGCUGGCGACAGGAGAGUUGUUCAGCGUGCUUAUUGACGAAGGAGGGUUUGCUGAAGACAAGGUUCGAGACAUCUCGUGUCAGAUGUCGUCAGCUCUGUAUUACCUCCACGCUCACCGCGUGCUGCACCGCGACCUGAAGCCGGAGAAUGUCCUCAUAGGUAAAGGAGGGGUCAUCAAGCUGUGCGACUUCGGCUUUGCCAGGGCCAUGGGGAGGGACUCCUACUACGCAAAGACUAUCAAGGGAACCCCUCUGUACAUGGCCCCUGAGUUGAUGGACGAGACAUCGUAUACAGAGAAGGUGGAUUUGUGGGCUCUCGGGUGCAUCAUGUAUGAGCUGUUUGUGGGGAGGCCGCCAUUCUGUUCCAUGAGUCCCUAUGUCCUGCACAAGAUGAUUGUGGAAGAGCCCGUUACUUGGCCCAACGACUUCCCCAGUGAGCUGAAGGACCUGCUGCAGGAGCUGCUGAUCAAGAAUCCCCGGGAGAGGUCAUCGUGGCCGGACAUCCUCAAACACAGCUGGUUCAGGGGAGGCAUCAAAGUGUCGGAGGAGGACUUGGCUCUCGACAGCCCCUACACCAAGCCCGAGAUUGCUGCCCAGAAACAGAAGGAACACAACGAAAAGGUUUUAGCUCUAGGAUGUGGUCGCAGCUUAACAUCAGACGUAACAGACGGUAUCCGAUUGGAAACAGUGGUGCUAUAUGAUAUCGAGGAGGAACCCGAGAUGUAGCCCCCACCAUUCUUGAAUGAAUCGUUACAUGAAGGAAACACAUCUUAUGCUGAAGAAACAUAAGAACAAGAAACAACCUGGCGUGGUUAUCUUCAUUGUUGUUAUUGAAGCUGCGGUUUAUUAAUGGAUCUGAGCAACUUUGAAUCAGAAGUUAUGAAAAGUGGCAUUGUGACAAUAGCUGUGUAAGUCUACUCAUUCUUGUGGUGAUGAAAUGAUGCCUUCAUAUUUGGACACUGUUUCUACACAAUACACUAGAUUAUAUGUAACAUUUUAUGUGAAAAGGGAUGAAGAUGACUACAGAUGUGUUAUCACCUUUCUACGUCCAAGAUUCAUCUGAGUGUGUGCAGUACCCGAAUCCAUUGGCUCUCAGAUGAGGCAACUGAAAAGUUCAGAUGGUCAGGUUUGGUUACUUGGCUGGUAGGAUGUGGUGUAUCCCAAUUGCAAGGACCAAUGCUCACGAUGUCAAUCACUGGAUUGUCUGGUCCAGGCUUGAUUAUUUUCAGAGACAUGUCAUAGUGCUGAGAGUGGUAUUAAGGAACAACAUAAAGUGAAAUAAUGAGUUUUUCAAAACAACGCCAAUUUAUGGUACAAUGGAUUUAUGGAACGGUUCAUACAUCCAAGAGUCCGCACUGCAAACAUGUCAAUAGCCUAUGUUAAAUUAUUGGAAUUUGAAGAAUCAUAGCUGCAAUCUGGAUGUGCUGAUGUGACCACAGGAUUUAAAGUCCACCAACAAGAAAAUAUAUCUUUAUCCAACAAAUCUACCAAUGUCCUUUCUUGAGAGUUAGAUAAAAGGAAGUUGUAUGUUA